AUGAAGUUGCAGACUGCACCGCGUGUCGAGUCGAAACAGUUGCAAGGCGCACAAACAGCUGCUGCCGCUACCGUGACGUCUUCUCCUUCGACAUCGACCCUGCCGCGAUCUGGUUCUAGGUCGCCCAUAAAGUCUUCGCUCUUGCUCUUCCCGACGACGAAGCAAGAGUCUGCAGAUAAGGGCCAAAGAAACGAUACAGUAUCGGCUCCGACCUGUAAGUUCGUCGCUUUGCCAGAUACGCCAGGCAGCGCCCUUGCCCAGCGCAAACGUGUUUUAUCGUCAAGCGAAAUCGAUGCGAAUCUUCUGGCAAGUCUUAAGGUCGUUGCGCAGAAAGCCAACCUCAAAGUAGUCGACUUGCUCGACGACGAAAGGCAGCAGCAGCCAGAUGCCGUCGAGACAACCUCGGCGCCUGCCCGAGAGGACAAGGCUGCCGUGCAUGCAAGAUCACGAAGGGAGGUAUCCGAGGAGCUCGAAGCAUGGGCUGGCGAUGUAUCCGUCGAUCUAAUGGCAUUGGAUCUGGCGGCUGGCUCACCCGUGUCCGACGUCAGCAUGCUCAGGUCGCCAGUGUUGCGCGACGGGGUAUACCUGGACACUCCGCCGAGUGUACUUGCUGCUGCGACAAGGGAAAAGUCUACAUUGACCGCCUCUCAGCUAGACGACAAUCUUGCGGAAGAUGCCAUCAAAGACGACGAAGAAGAAGAAGGAGCACAGGUCGACGAGGAUGGCACAGAUAUCUCGUGCGCUUCACCAUCACUUCGAGCUGCUGCUGCCAUGCGUUUUCCGCGUCGGCCCACCGAUGUAGCCAAGGGCAGCAGUGAUCAGACGGUUGAGACGCCGAUGCGACGUCAAGGCUACAGGAACGUUCCCUCGAUUCCUUCGACACCCUUCCCAUCCGCGGCUUCUGCUUAUGCAAUCUCGCCGUCCAAGAGCGCACGUGCUUAUCCACCUUCUGUUGCCAUGUCCGCCAAGACCCGAUCUCGUUUGAAAAAGGCGCUCCGAGAAUCGCUCGGUCUUGAAGCCCACUUUGCCUCAAUCAAGCUAGCACCUCACAACGAUGACGAUAACGCUGCGGGGAGUGCCAUUCGUUCAAAGGAAGCAGGUGCGGAACAGAAACCGGACCAAACUUUGGCAGGACCAACUGCAGUGAAGGAUUCCGGAGUACGUAAAAGCAUCAGUGCGAUGUUGCUGACCGAGGACGAUCGAUACCUAGACGAGCUGGUCAGCGCGGUUGCUCGGAUUGGACUGGAGGACUUGGCACCUGAUCAGUCCGCGCAUUCCAACGAGACUGUCGCUCACUCUGAGCCAACUUCCCCAGUGGUAACCGUCGAGGCCGUCACCCCACCACCAGAAGCGCAUCCUUCAGGAUCGGAACUUCAGACGCAGCUCUCGGCGGCGUUGUCCGAACUCGCCGUGGUCCGCUCGCAGUUGCAGCACUCGCAAACCCACACCUCGGAACUGGAAGCACAACUCGCGAUGCAGACUGCCUCUGUCGCACGCACUCAACGCACACAAGCGCUCCUGGAAACGGAUCUCGGAACACUCAAGGGUGAGAUGGCCGGGGUAGAGUGGGGCAUAGCUAAAAGCGGCUGGGCGAACGCUAGAGUGGAAGCGCUGGCGGAACUGGAAGACGUUCGGGUGCAGAAGGAUGUCAUGCUCGUUUUGGGUGCGCAGAUGGGUGUUUGGCAGCGCAUGAUCCGGGCAAGAGUGUAA